AUGGUGGAUGCAGUUUCUCGCUACGACGAUGAGGAGGAAGACAUUCUGCCCUUCGAGGGCCUCGACAAGGCGUCAGCGCUGCAGGAGUGCCGCAUCUUCAACAAGAUCCCGCUGGACGAGGAGGGGUCUAUCCGGGCCAUGACACAGGUGCUGUAUCUCUUGUCAAUUGGCGUGCGGCUGACCGAGGCCGAGGCGACGGAUAUCUUCUUCAUGUCCACGAAACUCAUGCAGUCGAACUAUGCCAAGCUGCGGCGUCUGCAGUACAUCCUGAUGAAGGAACUCAGCCCGCUCGUGGAGCAGAGCUUCAUCGCGUCGAACGCGCUCAUGAUGGAUAUUAAGAAGAAGGGGGAUUCUGACAAGAGUUGCGCUAUCCGCGCUCUAUACGCCAUCAUGGACAGCAGUAUGUACAACUCCAUGGACCGCACCAUCGUGGAGUGCAUGACGUCGCGUAACCCAAGCGUGGUGACUGCGGCACUCGUAACGGGCAUCCACAUGUCCAACACCCUGCCGGAGAUGCCGCGCAAGUGGGCAACGCAGCUGAACGAGGUGCUGCGCGAGCGCUCCAAGGCGCAGUACCAGGCCAUCGCGCUACUGCACAGGAUACGCAACAACGACCGACUCUCCGUGGAUCGGCUCAUCGAAGAUACUCAGGCCGGCCGCAUCCGCUCAUCGCAUGCCGUCUGCCUCGUCAUCAAGAUGUGCACCGAGCUGAUGCAGGCUGACUUCACCAGCUCCCUCGAUAUUUACAAGUUUGUCACCUCGAUGCUGCACCGAAGCGACAUGAUCGCCUUUGAGGCCGCCAAGUCAAUUGCCUCCUUGCGCCACGUCUCCGACAGGGAGCUGAUGCCGGUUGUGACGGUGCUCCAGCUGUACCUGAGCUCGCAGAAUCAGGUGCUUCGGUUUGCUGCCGUGUACUUAAUCAGCUGCAUCGCGUCCACGCAUCCGGCCGCCGUCGCGCCGAUCAACGCGGAGAUCGAGUCCCUGGCGCUGGAUUCGAACCGCGUCAUCGCCAUGCUCGCCAUCACAGCCUUGCUGAAGACCGGGGCGGAAAGUACCAUUGCGCGAGUGCUGACCCAGCUCUCCUCGGGCAGCUACAUGAGUGAGCUCGGGGACGAGUUGAAGUUAACGAUUGUGGACGCCAUGCGUGUGCUGAAUGCGAAGUUUCCGAACAGCUACGAAACUCUCUUGGCCUUCCUCUUCCGCGUUCUCAGCGAUGAGGGUAGCAGCGCGUUGAAGCAGAGCGUGGUGGAUGCAAUGCUCGAUAUCUCCAAGUCCAACCCCAGCUCCAAGGAGGUCGUACUCACACACCUGGCCGAGUUUAUCGACGACUGCGAGUUCUCGCAGAUCACAAAGCGAGUCUUGAUGCACCUUGGCGAGGGUGUCCCGCACUGCUCCAACCCGCGCCACUUCGUGCGCUACGUGUACAACCACGCCACACUGGAGAAGCCCGAAGUCCGCGCUGUCGCAGUGACGACGCUGGCGAAGAUCGCGGCGAGCGUGCCGUCUCUGCGUCGUUCCAUCGUGGCGCUUCUGAAGCGCUCCUGCAGCGACUCCGACGACGAGGUCCGCGACCGUGCCGUGCUGUACACGAAGUUGUUUCUACAGAAUGACGAAGGGCUCGUGCGCACAUACAUCGAAGACGUCGCGGCGGCCGUGCUGCAUCAGUGGCACACUCUGCGCGACAUGAACAAGGUGAUCCCGAUGGACGGCGCUCUUGGCGGUUCCACUUUGGCGGGUCUCGCAGCGGGCACAAACCACACGGACGCCUUCGGAAUGCCGUGUCCGACGCCGGCCGUCCUCCAUGGCCGUGAUGCCUUGCGUCAUGUCAAGCAGCUUCAGGAGCUGGGGGAGCCAGUGAAGAGCAUGGAGCCGGUUCUCAUUACGGAGCCCGACAACGAGUACGUUGUGUCUGUCAUCAAACACACGUACCCGACGCACUUGGUACUGCAGUUCAAGGUGAAGAACAUGAUGGACAACAUGUUGUUCAAGAAGGUGCUUGUUAGCACAAGCACGGAGGACCUGGAGGCGGAGCCGCUCUACGCCAUUCCUAUUGAGAGCAUCCGCCCAGGGGAAACCCAGUACGGGUACGUGGUGCUGCAGUAUGCGCCAGGCGCGUUCCCCAGCGGCACCGUGGAGCCGAUGUUCCGCUUUGCCAUGGUCGAGGAGGAGGACGAGGACGCGGCGGAUCAGGACGAGUACCCAAUGGAGAGCUUCGACGUGGACGUGAGCGAUUUUAUCGCACCAAUGAACCUGGGCAACGACAUGGAUAGUAAAUGGACUGAGCAGGAGGGCAACGAGACGGCCGGCACCUUCGCGCUGCACUCGAUGAGGAACCUGACGGAGGCAGCGCAGCAGCUGGCUGACUUCUUCGGGAUGUACAUCGAAGGCGGCGUACCGGAGAAGAUCACCACAGCCUCGCACGUGCUCAAGAUGGCUGGCGUGCUGGCGGACGAGGACCACACACUGAUGCUGGUGCAGGCGAAGGUGUUUAUUGCGACCGACAACCGUGUAGCGCUGCACCUGGCACUGCGCGGUGGAUCGGCAGAUGUUCGCGAGUAUUUAGCGAACGUCCUGCUGGGCUAA